CCGCUCGGCCCUCGCCGCCGCUCGGGUCCCGGCCCCGCGGCCGCCUCGCUGCCCACCCCACGUCCCCCAAGUCCCCCGCGCCUGGCCCUGCCUGGCCCCGGGCUUCUCUCCCCGGGGUCUCGCCGGCUCCUUCCUGCAGCCUCUGGAGGAGCGGGUCCACCGCGGGUCACCAUGCCCAGCAAAACCAAGUACAACCUUGUGGACGAUGGGCACGACCUGCGGAUCCCUUUGCACAACGAGGACGCCUUCCAGCACGGGAUCUGCUUCGAGGCCAAGUACGUAGGAAGCCUGGAUGUGCCGAGACCUAACAGCAGGGUGGAAAUCGUGGCUGCCAUGCGCAGGAUACGGUAUGAGUUUAAAGCCAAGAACAUCAAAAAGAAGAAAGUGAGCAUUAUGGUUUCAGUGGAUGGAGUGAAAGUGAUUCUGAAGAAGAAGAAAAAGCUUCUUUUAUUGCAGAAAAAGGAGUGGACGUGGGAUGAGAGCAAGAUGCUGGUGAUGCAAGACCCCAUCUACAGGAUCUUCUACGUCUCUCAUGAUUCCCAAGAUUUGAAGAUCUUCAGCUAUAUCGCUCGAGAUGGUGCCAGCAAUAUCUUCAGGUGUAAUGUCUUUAAGUCCAAGAAAAAGAGCCAAGCAAUGCGAAUCGUGCGGACAGUGGGGCAGGCCUUUGAGGUCUGCCACAAGUUGAGCCUACAACACACGCAGCAGAAUGCAGAUGGCCAGGAAGACGGGGAGAGUGAGAGGAACAGCAACGGCUCAGGGGACCCCGGCAGGGACCCAGGCCGCCAGCUCACUGGAGCCGAGAGGGCCUCCACAGCCACCGCGGAGGAGACUGACAUUGAUGCCGUGGAGGUCCCACUCCCAGGGAAUGACGUCCUGGAAUUCAGCCGAGGUGUAACCGACCUGGAUGCUGUAGGGAAGGAAGGAGGCUCCCACUCAGACUCCAAGGUCUCACCUCACCCUCAGGACCCCAUGCUGACAGCCUCGCCCCACAUGCUGCUGCCCUCCUCGAUCUCGAAGCCACCGGGCUUGGGCACUGGGACACCGCUGUCCACCCACCACCAGAUGCAGCUCCUCCAGCAGCUCCUCCAGCAGCAGCAGCAGCAGACACAAGUGGCUGUGGCCCAGGUUCACCUGCUGAAGGACCAGUUGGCUGCUGAGGCUGCGGCACGGCUGGAGGCCCAGGCUCGUGUGCACCAGCUCCUGCUGCAGAACAAGGACAUGCUCCAGCACAUCUCCCUGCUGGUCAAGCAGGUUCAGGAGCUGGAGCUGAAGCUGUCAGGACAGAACGCUAUGGGCUCGCAGGACAGCUUGCUGGAGAUCACCUUCCGCUCGGGAGCCCUGCCUGUGCUCUGUGACCCCACGACCCCUAAGCCGCAGGACCUGCACUCGCCGCCUCCGCUGGGCGCGGGCUUGGCUGACUUUGCGCCCCCUGUGGGCAGCCCCUUAGUUGACCACAGCAUGUUUGAGAAUUUGAACACAGCCCUCACUCCAAAGCUCCAGUCGAGCCGCUCCUUCCCCCACUUGUCCAGGCCUGCGGCCCCCAGCUCUACCACCCUGAGCUCUGUGGAACCUGCUGGGCCAGGACUGAGGGUGGGCAGCAGCCAGCACCUCAAGAACCUUGGCAAAGCCAUGGGGGCCAAAGUCAAUGACCUCCUGCGGAGGAAGGAGCCCUCAAACCUGGGCAGUGUGGGUGUGAUGGAGAUCAACAAGACUGUAGGAGCCCAGCUGGCUGGUGGGACUGAUGUGGCAUCAGGAGCCAGCCUGGAGGAUGAAAGGUCGCUGACAGAAGCCUUCCCACGGCUGGAUCCUCCACCUCCCGUAACCAAGAAGCGGACCCCUCGAGCCCUGAAGACGACCCAGGACAUGCUGAUUUCUUCGCAGCCUGUCCUAAGCAGUCUGGAGUAUGGGACUGAGCUGGCGCCUGGGCAGCCCCAGGACUCUCCUCCCACUGCCCAGCCUGUCUCAGCAGAUGCUUCACCACCAGAAACCACCAUGGAAAUGGGAAAUAGGGGCGAGGCCCUGGCCAAUGGCGAGAUGUCCCUGUCCAUACCUGACCUAAUCCACAAGGACAGCCAGGAUGAGUCCAAGCUGAGGGCAACUGAAUGCAGAAGAGCCUCGUCCCCUGGCCUGAUCGAGAGGAAUGGCCUCAAACUCAGCUUGAGCCCCAUCAGCCUGGCUGAGUCAUGGGAAGACGCCAAUCCCUGUCCCCGGGCACGGACCUCCAGCCUUGACAACGAGGGCCCUCACCCGGACCUGCUUUCCUUCGAGUAGAUCCUCUUCUCCUCCCUGCUAAACACACCUCUCCCUCCUGCUUUCUCCUCCACUGUGCACAUGGGCCCUUGCCCGGCUCCGCCAUGCCCUUUGUCUUCCUUGCAUGAGAUUCAGCAGGGAGCCAACUCUCCAUACAUGGGGUCAGAAGUCCACAAGUCAUCCCAGUUAAAGACUCUAUCUGAAGAGUGGCAAAAAGACAUGGGUGCCACCCCUGAUCUUCAUUUUCCAUAAAUUCCCUGGGUGCUGGCUGCAGCCUUUGGACCCUGAAGCUCCGAGCUUAUCCUAGCCUCCUACUGAAUUGUGGGGCCUCCAGCCCAGGAUGAUGGAUCUCACAGGAAUCCUUUUGCCCACCUCCUAGCUGCUGUCUGCUCUUCUCUCUCUCUCCCAUUUCCUGGUUCCUUCUCUCUCUGUGAUGGCCCCCUGCCUCAGGGAACAAGGCUGGGUGAGGAUUGAUGGUUUGGCUUGAUGACGGGGUCUGGCCUAGAAAGCCACACACCCUGACCAUGGCCCAGCCAUGGCUCCCCCUGGUCUCAAGCAGUGUGGGGCCCUGGUUGCCAUCUUUCCUGUGCCCCUGGGCUGGGGCCAAAUGAGGUGCUUACCAAGCCUGAGACCUUGCAGUGUUGCCCCGGAUUAACCCUGCUGCCAAGGGUUAUGAAAGGUUUUCCCCAUUCAGUCAAACAUUAGAAUAUGGAGUGAAGACCUUACCGGUCUUGGAGAAGCCUUUGGGAAAGAGUUGUGUCUGAGCACAGCUCCAUGCACAGGAGGACAGGCUGCCUUUGCUGUGGGUAAAGACGGGGCCAGCCAGGCCCUGGCAGAAGCAGCAGAGGGCAUUCUAGUUUUGUUGGGAGAGGAGAGCCUCUCCUCUCAAAGGGAGUGGGCCUAGGAGAACCAAAAGUGGAGAUGGUAGAGAGAGGAGUGAAGCCAGGACAUAGAAGAACGUCACUGGGGAUGAGAGCAGCUUUUCAGGGUCACCCCAGCCCAGAAUGAGGCCGUGCAGGGCCUGGGUAAGUGCAAGAGCCGGGGUGACGCAUGUGAGAGGUUGGGAUGUGAUGAGAACCGUGGCAGAAACUGUGUUUAGUUGAGCGGCAGGUGCCCUGGAGCUUGUGCUGAAGUUGCUGAGUCCCCCGCAGUGCUGGGCGCUUCUGGAGGGGACACUGGCCUACACCUCCCUUAUCCUGGUGUCCACGGUCCUCCUCUGUGCCCGCUUUCAGUACCUGGGUGACGAGGGACCAACAGGGUUCAUCCAACCUUGCUUAGCUGGUUCUUGCCCUCCUGGGUUAACCUUUGUGUUCCUGUCUCCACCAGGGGGCAUAUCAUGUUGUCUUCCUGUGGCCAGGAGGUGCCGCCGAAGUGAUCCGAGCCAAGAGGGCCUUUGCAGGAAGAGGAAAAGUCUCUUUUCAUGAACAAAGGGCCCAGCGCUCAGGAGAAGGCUGGGAGUGGCACAGCCACCCCAGGUCAGGCUCUUCCAGCAGUCUUCCUCCUGUGAUUCCUGCGGCCUCCCCAUUUCUGUUCAUUGUGUGGCUUCCCACCCAUGAGCUCUGGGACACCCAGGACUCACUUUCCAAUUCAUCGCUGAGCUUCUCCUUCCCUUCCCACUACCUCUGCCAUAUAGGACAUCCAUGCCAACACCUGCAGAACUGGAAGCCUCAGUGAGAUCCUUGGGAUGUGGGUACUUUCCUGCAUUCUUGCUUCUGCAGUUGUGCAACUUCAGCUCUGUCCUCCUACCCCUUACUGCUCUAACCUAUCUUCCAUUGCCCCAGAAAGCAGGGCUUCACCACCACCUCCCUGCAAAGUCCUGACCCUUCUCUAUUCACAAGGGUCCAUGCAGCCAGAUACCUGCAGGCCUGGUGGAGUGAACCAGGCUGUCAGUGCAUGAGUACAUUCUAUCUUACUCCAAGAACAUCCUAAAGCUAUGAUAUCUGGCCAUGAGGUUGGAGAGAAUUCCUUAGACCUAGCAUUUGGGGUUCUGUGAGGUUUCAUGGACCAGUUUGGGGCUUUACCCAAAACACACGGACCUGGGAAUAUGUGGACAGAGACACUAAUCAUGCAUCAGGGAGCAAAAGCAGUUUCACCUGAUCUCUGUACAAAAUGCUUGGUUUGUUCCUCUUAUGGGAAGCUCUACAGGUGCCUGCCCUGGGGCUGAUCCUCUCCAGAGACCAGAUGAUAUAGUAGCCAGAGGAUGGUUGGUGCUGGCUCCAGCUCGCCUAAAUGCCUGUCUCCAUGCCACACCCAGACUGCUCCUAGAGUGCUGGCCCUCAGGCCCAGAUCAGCCAAAGGAUCUCACCAGGUUGUCCCAGGAUCAUUGCCAGCAUCACCCGGAGUUCUUCAGCCUCAUGUCUGAACUGAGUAGUACCACACCCCCCACCCCCAGUCAACCUCUAGCUGCCUACGGCUUGGCCAUCCACCUCCCGUGGAGGUUGACACUGCUGCCUUAGGAGGCCUUCUGACACUGUGCCUGGUCUCAGAUGCUGCAGAUGUUGCAUGGUGCUAGGGAGUAAGUGCUAUUCAGGGUAGCAUGGGAGCAACUUCCGCAAAUCCUGCUGAGUGCCUCAGCUCAGACCAGUUUUUCCAUCCAAAGCCCCACAAGGUGCUGUGUCUGAUUUUCCUGUGGUUGCCACAUGACCACCCCACCCCACACAUCCCUCAUAGCAAGCCCAGCUUCCCUAGAGAGCUUGGCCUUUGGGUAGCCCAGUCCAUAGGAAGGCAAAGUAAUGAGGCAUGAAGAGCCUGUCAUCUGUGUCCACAAAAGCAAGUUGAGGCCACAGAGUCUCUUCUCUCCCAUUACUCUCCAAGCUUGCCAUAAGUUCUUCCUCAUCCCGUAGCUCUACCCGGAUAGGUCACAAGAUGAGCUUCCAGAACGCAGCAGGAGGAUGGUGCCCCCCACCCCUGCAUAGAGGGAAACAUAUUGGAGUGUUCUCUUGUGGGUGAUAGGAAGAAACAUGUUUGCAACCCGCGCCAGCUUUUAAAGAACAAAUUUAGCCCCAGGUUGGAAGAGGAAGAAGUUAACAGAUUUAUUCUGAGUAUUUUUUAGAGAGU